AUGACUACGAUGUUGUUAUUCUCGAUGAGCCAUCAACCAGCUACAAUGUACCAAAACACGACGAAGUUCAGCCCUUAUCCAGUAAAGAAACGAACCACCGUUGGAGGACAUCGAGUAGCAAGCACCGUGAUCAAAUUGCCGUCAUUCCGAGUAACGGACUGCACCGCCAGCCUUGCGGAUUCCGUUCUCAGUGAACUGGCAACCAAGACAAGGGCAGCAUUUCGCCGAGCAGUUGCUAUACCACUGUGGGACGGCGAUGGGCCGUCUUCAAGUGGACGAAUCGCUCCCGGUACCGUUCUGAUGUGUGCUCCGAUGGUGCCUAAAGGUAGUCACGUUGCCUUAUUUUUUGGCCUCUUUUUCCUUUUUAAUAUUCAUUCAUCAUUCCAAUCAAGCAGGCUGCCAUGGCCCUAUCAGGGAGCCACAGUGUCUGGGCGACGAUCUAGUGUACUCCAAAAACUAUGCAAUUAUUCUGAGAGCACUAUGAUUCACAAUUGUUGUUCUAUACGAAAUGAUCUAGUGAAGAAUUGA